AUGAAGGCUUCUUCUGGCGACUUCGUGCGAGAUAUCUCCCUCUCAUUCACCAUAAAUCUGCCCUGGAUGUAUAGAAACGUUGGAGAUGGCGCCCAGUCUAGAAGUGCUAACUGUGAGGGACGCGUAGCUCCCCCUCUGUCCUCCUCCGUGGCAGACUAUCCUGACCAUCCUGUCCCGUCCUGGCCCGUGUUCCAUCAGCUCAGGGGCUUUAAGCCUUUAAGAGCCUCUUUCCCCUCCAAUAAGAGCUUUAAGGCAAGAAUGCAGACUCGUGAACAGGAAACCCCACCAGACUUCUUCUACUUCUCCGACUUUGAAAGACACAACGCUGAGAUCGCAGCCUUUCAUCUGGACAAAUCUAAUGUGAAGUUUAGCUUUUAUUUAACGCAUGAAUACUCCUGGAAACUUGCCAACAUAGAAGUUCAGGGAUAA